AUGAAGUCCGAGCAGAAAUCAGGGCCCGUGUCGUCAUCUUCUCGGAAUCCUUGGAAUUCCUGGUACUCCGGAGAUUUACGAGUGAUACACCUUCAGUUCUCCACCUCCCGGUGGAACAUCCCCGAAAACUUCGCCCUCGCCGAUCCCGACUUCAACACUUGCAGAAAGGUGGAUAUGAUCAUCGGCGCUGCGCAUUUCUAUUCGUUCCUCCGAGAUGGACGUUUCCGCCUGAUCGACAAAGGUCCCUUACUGGUUGAAACGGUAUUUGGCUGGAUAGUUUCUGGCAAAUUUGAAAACCCAGCAGAAUGCAGCAAUCGACUCGCCGUAACUUGUCAUGUGGCGACAGUUACCUCCGUGAGCGAGCAACUCGAACGUUUUUGGCGCAUCGAGCAGCUAAAUGGAUCGGACUAUUCCGUUGAUGAGCAGAAGUGCGAGCAUUACUAUCGCGAAACAGUUUCUCGUGACCCGAGCGGUCGAUACGUCGUCCGAAUACCGAAGCACCCCGAGCACGACCGAAUGCUAGGAUCUUCGAAGUUGUCUGCUGUUCGUAGGCUGAAGUGGUUAGAGCUGAAACUGGCGAAGGGCGAAAAUAUGAGGAUUCAAUACCUUGAUUUCCUCCGCGAAUACGUCACUCUCGGCCACAUGACUCCAGUUCCCGAUGAUGAAAAGUGUAGUUCGAACGUUUUUUUAUCUCCCGCACCACCUCGUACUGAAGGAGUCGAGCAGCACCACGAAGUCGUACAGGACGAACUUCUUAGCCUCAUCCUCCGAUUUCAAAAGUUUCCGGUUGCAUUGGUGUCGGACAUCGAAAAAAUGUACCGCCAAGUCUCGAUGAAUCCCGCAGAUCGCCCUCUCCAGAGAAUUCUAUGGCGGCUCGACGCUUCUGAGCCAAUUCAGACGUAUGAGUUGGGUACCGUCACUUACGGCCUCGCCCCGUGCUCCUUCCUCGCCACCCGUACGCUUUUGCAGCUGGUUGAAGAUGAAGGCACCCCGUUCCAGAAAGCUAGCACGGCCAUCAAGAAGAACGAUUACGUGGACGACCUCAUCUCUGGACACAACAGCAUCGAAGAAGCCAUCGAACUCCGUGAAGAACUGGACUGUCUUCUGCAGAAAGGUGGUUGCCGUUUCCGAAAGUGGUGCUCCAAUUCCCUUCCAGUUCUGGCUAGCCUACCUCCCGAGUUACGCUGGACGCAAUCGUCUUUGAAGUUCGAUCCCGAAGAAAGCAUCAAAACACUCGGAAUACGAUGGGAACCGGAAGCAGAUCUUUUCCGCUUCGACGAUUCCGUUACGACCCAGAACAAACCACCGACCAAGCGCACCAUACUCUCCACGAUCGCUCAGCUUUACGACCCUCUUGGCCUGAUCUCUCCCGUCGUCGUUCAGACAAAAAUUCUAAUGCAGAACCUCUGGCUGUUGGCCUUCCCAUCCUCUCCAAUUUCCGCAUCGAAAGGUUUGCUUUCGCCCCUGGAUUCCAAUCUGCGGAACUCCAUUGCUUCGCAGUUGCGUCCGAGGUCGCAUAUGGUGCCUGCAUAUACGUUCGCUCUGUUGCCGCUGAUGGACAAGUCCAAGUGA